AUGCCUAGAAACAUUUCCGCUCCAUUAAUUAUGAAAUCUCGAGUUCCAUUUGUUGCAGUUUUACCGCAGCAAUGGUAUGGUUUUAAGCCAUUCAUUGUUAAUGAUCCAUCUAAAAUUGACACAAUCCUAUCAAAAUACCAAGGAAGACAAAGAUUUUCCCAUCCUGUUAAUGCUGUACCGUAUAUUUUCAAUGAGACACUUUGGAAUCCAACUUACUACGAUUUGCUACUUAAAAAGAUGAAAAUUUUAUCAAAGAGACAUACAUUUGAGAAAUCUCCAAGUGGAAAGUCAUGGAUUACAAAUGAAGUGUUUUACUGGAGUUUCCAGUUUUGCAGACAAAAAUAUUUUUAG